GUUUACAUAAAUUUUCUUUUUUGUGGUUUUUGUAUUUUAAAGAUUGGUUCUUGCAUUUGAUCAUGCCACUGCCAUAAAAAAAAAAAGGUGUUUUGCUUGGAACUGGAGUGGAUUGCUUUAUCUCUCUUGGGAGUGAAUAGGUUUACAAAUUUGUAUCUUCUAGGAUACCAAUUUUAACAUAGGAAAGACCAAUUUAUUGCAUAUUUGGAUAACUUUUUGGGGAAAAAUCAGUUAGAGCAAGUCUGAACUUCGAGUAGAAUUCUUGGAAUAGUGGUAAUUUUCAUUGAUGUUUGGAGAGUUUGAUAGUAUCUAAGAGAUGGUGUAAAUUUAGCUAGUUUUGGUGGUGGUGGGAUGUCAAUUGUUUCUCCACCUCCAACUUCUGCACCAUUUCCUGUUCCGCCAAUUGUCUUAACUCCACCUCCUCAGCUUUCUUCUCCGGCCCCUGCAUCUCAGCCUGAUGCAACAGCACCACCCGUGUCUUCGAUUCCUCCAACCUUGCCUCCUCAAUCUGCUCCUCCGACAAAUGCAACGUCUCCUUCCCCGGCCUCACCACCUCUACCGCAAUCCCCUCCUAACGUGACAUCGCCUCCUCCGAUGGCUUCUCCACCAACAGCUUCCGCUCCUCCAACAAAUGAUACAACUCCGACUUUUAGUCCUCCCCCUUUACCUUCCUCGCCUCCACCUAAACCUUCUCCUCCGCCUGCUAGUUCACCGCCACCUCAAUCUUCUCCUCCGCCUACUAGUUCACCACCACCGGUGUCUCCUCCGCCUACUAGUUCUCCUCCUCCAUCCAGCCCACCAGUUAGUUCCUCACCACCUCCGAAAGUUGAGCCUCCACCUACCUCACCUCCUCCAGAACCAACUCCUCCAACAAAUUCACCUCCACCGCCUCCAAAAGCUGAUCCUCCUCCACCUAUCUCACCUCCACCACAACCAGCCACUCCUCCAAGUUCAUCUCCACCACCACCAAAAGUUGAUCCGCCACCUACAUCUUCUCCGCCACCUCCACAGAAUCCGGAUCCUACUCCACCACCACAAUCUCCUGAAUCUCCGGAAGGUUCAUCCCCUCCGCCACCUUCGCCCGUGAAUCCACCUCCAUCACCAGUUUCUCCACCACCACAAGGUUCACCUCCUGCCCCAGCCUCUGACCCUCCUAAAAUUUCACCCCCUUCACCACCCCCACCUGCGAAUUCACCUCCAUCGCCAGCAUUUACGCCACCACGAAGUUCACCUCCUACACCGUCCUUGGAACCUCCUAAAACUCCACCUCCUUCACCACCAGUUCCUUCAGAUGGCACCACUACCAAUAGGUCAAGUAAUAAUGCAGCGGAUAGCUCAAACAGUCCGAGUAGUAGCGGCAUAGGGACUGGAGGUACAGUUGCCAUUGGCGUUGUUCUUGCUGUUUUAUUGCUUAGUAUUAUUGGAGCAGUGGGUUGGUGCAUGUGGAAGCGAAAGAAAAAGGCUUUUCUCCUCAAUGGCGAGAAUGUCAUGCCAACCUCUGUUGGCUCCACCCCACAAUCUGAGUCUGUCUUAUUGAAGAUACAAGAAUCAACACCUGGGACUGGAAACGGAACUGCCUCCAAUUUCCUAAUUUCUCCUGCAGGAUCUGGUGGAUUGGGAAAUUCAAAGAUAUGGUUUACCUAUGAAGAACUAGUUAAGGCUACUAAUGACUUCUCGGCUGAGAAUUUGUUGGGGGCGGGCGGAUUUGGUUCUGUAUACAAAGGAUAUCUAGAAGAUGGGAGGGAUGUAGCAGUAAAGCAACUAGAUAUUGGUGGGCGCCAGGGAGACCGGGAGUUCAGAGCUGAAGUUGAAAUCAUCAGUAGAGUACACCAUCGCCAUUUGGUUUCCCUUGUAGGUUAUUGCAUUUCUGAGAGUAGAAGGCUCCUUGUUUAUGACUAUGUCCCAAAUAACACCCUUUACUUUCAUCUUCAUGCGGCUGGAAGGCCUGUUAUGGAUUGGACAACACGUGUUAAGAUUGCUGUUGGUGCAGCUCGUGGAAUAGCUUAUCUGCAUGAAGAUUGCAAUCCCCGAAUUAUCCACAGAGACAUUAAAUCAUCAAACAUUCUUUUGGAUAGUAACUUCGAGGCUCGGGUUUCUGAUUUUGGUUUAGCAAAAUUAGCUCAGGAUGCAAACACUCAUGUUACAACACGUGUUGUUGGAACAUUUGGCUACAUGGCUCCUGAAUAUGCAUCAAGCGGCAAGCUGACUGAAAAAUCUGACAUAUAUUCUUUUGGGGUUGUGCUUCUGGAGCUAAUUACUGGACGGAAGCCUGUUGAUACAUCUCAGCCUUUAGGGGAGGAGAGUCUAGUUGAGUGGGCUCGGCCUUUGUUUAAUCAUGCACUCGACAAAGGGGAAUUUGAUCAGUUGGCAGAUCCACGCCUAGAGAAUAAUUAUGUUGCAACCGAGAUGUUUCAACUGAUUGAAGCAGCUGCAGCUUGUGUGCGCCACUCGGCUGUUAAGAGACCAGGAAUGGGACAGAUCGUGAGAGCUUUUGAUAGUUUGAAUAUUUCUGAUCUGUCAAAUGGGAUGAAAGUUGGUGAAAGUACGAUAUAUAACACUGCAGAACAAUCUGCAGAAAUAAGAUUGUUUCGAAGGAUGGCAUUUGGUAGUCCAGAUUUUAGUUCUGAUUUUUUCAGUCAAGGUACACACCAUAGUGGAGAAUCGGCUGAAGAUAGGGUAUAGUUACUAUAGCACACAACCAAAAGGCCUUGCUAAAGCAAGUGUAUGUAUCUGUUUAUAGAUCAAAAUCGCCUACGUUGAGAGGUAUACCAUUGCCCCUUCGAGGUUUUACUUAGUCGUUGGUUAGGUUUUGUAAGUAGAUUCAUUUUUUUGUUGACUUACAUUUAGGCCCUGCUAUUUUGGUAGCAAUUUUUCCUGUAAGUAACUGGAAUUUUUUUGUCUUCUCCAAUAUUUGUUCUUUCAAAAGGUUUAUUCAAUGUAUUUGUUCCUCUCAAAAUGGUGGAAAUGUUAA